ACCAAAAACACGACACGACACAACACAACACAAACAUAAGAAAUUCGAUACGACAUGUUUUCUCUAAGUACCAGCCACUUGCAACGAAUUUUCAAUAAGCUCGACAAAAAUGGCGAUGGCAGGGGACGAUCAAGAUAGCUUAUUCGAGAACGAUCUGCGUAAAGCAUUCGAGAUUUUCGACUUGAACGGCGAUGGAUUGAUUUCAAGUGAGGAGCUUCAAAUUGCAUUGUCAAGAUUAGGGUUAUGGGAUAAGCAUUGCAACAGCCUGGACUCUAAAAUUAUUAUCAAUGUGUAUGAUACAAACUCCGACGGCUUUCUUGAUUUCGGGGAGUUCAAGAACAUGAUGCUGUUUGCACAAUCCUAGGAAGUGUUAUGAUUUUCUUUGCAGACUUAAUGAUGUAAAGUUUGUACAUAUAUAUUUAUCAGUGAAUAACAAUUAUAUCCAUUCAACUCUAGU